UGAUGGUAAUUCCAAAUGCAAAAAUGGAAGAAAAGCUUUCACAUGCAUGACAUUGGCAGCUAUACUGCCAAAAGACAUCAGUUAGUGUGUUGGCAAGCUUCUAUCAGUGUCAGCUGGGCUGUUGGUGGUGUUCGCAAGGUUUUUGCAUGCCUUUUAGAUAGUUAGCUUAGUAGUUUUGGAACAGAACUCCGUAAUGCUGCUUUAAAUACCGUUUUAGUGCUAUUUAUAGCACUCAUAAAAAAAGUCUCCCGGUAAAGUUCUAAUCGAUCUAAGUAAUCCACGAGGAUGCUGGUAAAAAUAAAUUGGUUUCCUUUGCAAUAUGAUAGGCUACGUGAUGUCAGGGCAGUGUCAGCAGAUGUUUGAGUAUUUUUGACAGACAUUGGCACUCCUGGCUCUUGGCACCAAGCACCCCUCUAAAUUCAGUAACCUGUGUCAUCGCGCUCAGCCUGACGCGUACGACUCACUCUCGAAAGGGACGCUCACGAGUAGAAUGCAUCUAUGAGCUGAGCGACCCUUGAUUCCUGAGAGCUGCACCUGUUCUUCGGAGUCGACUACACCUUUUGCCGCACAUGUCUGCUGAGUUUUCAGAAAGUCGUUCGUUUGGAUUCACUGUUUGUGUGCUUGUGCUGAACAUUUGUCAAAAUAUAAGUAUACGGGAAACAUCUUUGGAAUUUACCAUUGUCUUCAGGCGCCACAGUGGGAGAGAAGCACUGGAGAACAGGAUGUAAACUUUUGCGUUACGGCAAACUGUCUGCUGUGCUGCUGACUGAAGAUGACUGUUACCUACUCCAGUAAGGUCGCCAAUGCUACGUUUUUUGGCUUUCAUAGACUUUUACUGCGAUGGAGGGGCAGCAUUUACAAGUUGCUGUAUCGGGAGUUCUUCGUGUUUGCAAUUUUAUAUACCAUUUUAAGUGUCGUAUACAGGCUUGUCCUGACCGACCCUCAGAAGCGUUACUUUGAAAAGGUGUCCAUAUACUGUGAUAAAUAUGCUGAGCAGAUACCGGUCACUUUUGUCCUUGGGUUCUAUGUGACUCUGGUGGUGAACCGUUGGUGGAACCAGUUCCAGAACCUUCCGUGGCCGGACCGCCUGAUGUUCCUGAUCUCCAGCUGCGUCCAGGGCCGUGACGAGCAGGGCCGCCUGCUGCGGCGGACACUGAUGCGCUACGUCAACCUCACCUCACUGCUCAUCUUCCGCUCUGUCAGCACAGCCGUCUGCAAGCGCUUCCCCACCCUCGACCACGUGGUGGAGGCAGGCUUUAUGACUGCAGAGGAGAAGAAGUUGUUUGAGAACCUUAAGUCUCCACACCUGAAGUACUGGAUCCCUGUGGUGUGGUUCACGAACCUGGCCUCCAGAGCCCACAAAGAGGGACGCAUCACGGACAGUGUGGACCUCCAGCACAUCCUUAGUGAGAUGAACAAGUUCAGGACCUGGUGCUCUACUCUGUUUGGCUAUGACUGGGUGGGGAUCCCACUUGUCUAUACCCAGGUUGUGACAUUAGCUGUGUAUACGUUCUUCGUGGCCUGCCUUAUUGGACGUCAGUUCCUCGACCCUAAGCAGGGCUACCCAGGUCAUGACCUUGACCUCUACGUGCCUAUCUUCACCCUGCUUCAGUUCUUCUUCUACUCUGGCUGGCUGAAGGUGGCAGAGCAGCUCAUCAAUCCUUUUGGAGAGGACGACGAUGACUUUGAGGCCAACUGGUGCAUUGACAGAAACCUACAGGUAUCUCUAAUGGCCGUGGAUGAGAUGCACAUGAACCUUCCCAGCCUGACUAAAGACAUGUACUGGAAUGAGGCUGAAGUGAGGCCGCCGUACACCGUUGCCUCCGCUGACUACUGCAUCGCCUCCUUCCUUGGCUCUACCACAGACCUGGGGCUGUCUGAGAUCCUCCAGCCAGAGGAGGCCAAUAUGGCCCAUGAACCCCGGCGGCAGGAGUCGGUGCUGGGUCGCGUCCGUCGCCUGCUGAGCGUGCAGGAGCCCCCCGACCUUUCGAGCGCGCGCCCCGCCCUCAAGCGCCACAGCAGUGAAAUCCCCAGCUUCUUCCCCUUCGCGCCGGACCACCGUGUCUACCCAGGGGGGCCCGAAGACACCCCCAUGCCACCCAAACCCUCCCAUCCAGGUCCACACCCCCACCCUCACCCCCAUCCUCUGGAUACACUGGCUACCCUUCAAGAGGUCAAUAGUAACCCCCCCUCCCCAGAUACAGAGGUCCGGUCCCCGCCCUUCACUGCUGUGCCCCAGGUGGUCAUCAGUGCACCUCCCUUGACCGGUAACCAUGCCAACAGCGCAACUACGACAACAUCACUUUCAGAUGGCUUUCACUUUCCAAAAACUCAGGCCCCGAAGCCUGAGGCUCAGGUAGAGGGACAACCUGGCGAGGAGGCCCCAGGAGCAUACACGCCAGCCUGCUACAGCCCCACAAGCAUGGGGCCUCGCAAGUUUCGCUGGAGCACAAAGGGGGACAGCAUGAAGAAGCGGCAGCUGUCCUUCCAGCUGUCCCGCCAGGGCUCCAGGAGCUCACUCCACAGCCUUCCCAGUCCACGCAUAUUGGGAAGGCGGAGGGGACAGCAAGCCUCGUCCCCCAUGGCCCUGGAUAGUCCACAGCGUGGACACAACCCAAAGAUCGACAUUUUUGUGGUGCAGGGAACAGACAGAGAGCAGAGGGACUUGUCUGAACCAAGACAAUAGCAAGAGCCCUUAAAGCUUCCAUGGCUUGUCUGUAUCAUUUGGAGGAACCGCCUGAACUUGAAUUAUACAAUGUAGGGACUUUCAGGUUUAAGAUGUGUAAUAACUGGGAACUGCCAGAGCAAAGAGAAUACUCUUAUCCAGAGUGUGUGGUGAAUCAUACCGGGUGUUCCUGAACACAAUGUGCAAUAUGAUGGACUUUCAGUUGUAAGAAGCAUAACAGCUGGAGUUUGCUGUUCCUAAGCCUAAGUCUUUCACAUGUGAAUGGCAAUUCAGAUCUGAAAACUAAAAGCUGCUAAUUUUGUUAAUUUUGUAUGGGGGGUAUUCAUAAUAAAAGAUGCUCUGUGGUUAGCUUUGUAAUAGUUUUAUGUCCAGCUUCACAUUUAUUGUCAUCAUGGCACAGUCAUUUAAUGUGUAUGUAGAGCUUGCUCCAAAAUGACUGAUAUUGGGAUGCUUUAAAGAUAGAAUGUGCAUUCUCAGAUGGGCAUAACAAUGAGAUAAAAGCUUCUGAAAACUACCGCUGACUCUACUUACGUCAGUCGUAAGUCAUACCUUAAGCUGUAAGCUACCUUAACGGUUUGAGGUGUUCCCCAGAACGUCCUUAGCUAAGUAUACCUUCUCUAAGAGAUACUUUCAUAAGGUUGGACUGGACCACUUUUAGCUAUACCUUUUUUUUAACGUUUUCAGAUCAAACAAAAAUUUUAGAGCCUAAAGAUGUUGUGUUAGUGUCUACGGACUGAGAUGUAAGACCAAGAUAUGUGUUGCAAUUACAUUUUGUGCUUCAUUCAAUAAAAAGGAAAAUCAUUGGUAUAAAUGAAUUAGCCGUUCAUUUUUAAUUCCUUGCACAUACAAAUCUAUAAGUAACAUCUAGCCUACAGCCAAAUUGCCUAAUUUGGGAACUUUUAAAAUUUUGACUUGCACAGCAUUUUAUGUUGAUGUUCUU